CGUAAUCUUAGCGAACAUGAACGAUGAUGAAGUUAUCAGAAAAUCAUCGGAAAACGAUACCGUAAAAGCAGAUACAAGGAAGCUUAAAACCGUGACACUUGAUAGAGUCGGCAGAAUAUUUAAAUCCCGAGGGCAAACAUGCGAGAUGGAUAAAACUGAUAUGAGCUUAGAUAACAGAACGAAUACAACAAAAUUGAAUGAUAAUAGUGACGAAGAAUCAUUGAAAAAGGACAAAACUAAUUCUUUGGGAAGAAUGUUAAAGCUCGUAGACAAAGACGGUGCACCAAAGAAGCUUUUUCCUCAUUCACGUGCCGGAUCAUUAAGUAGGAUUUUUCGUAAGCAUUCAACUAAUGAAACCAACGAAACAAUUGAUGAGACAAAGGAAGAGUCUCCUGGAAUUUUUUCUAGAAUGUUUAAUCAUUUAAGAGGUCGUUCAGCAAGUAGCAGAAAUAAAGGCAAUUCUAAUAACUCACGUGAAACAAUGGAAAAAGGAAAAUUACCACCAACAUUACCUUCGAAAUUUUCAAGACCACCAUUGCCAGUACCAUUGCCAUCAUCAUCGUCAUCAUCAUCAUCGACGAAUGAAAAGCAACAAUCAUCAACGAGAUUAUCUCGUAGAACGUCUAAUCUUGCAUAA